AUGUCCUUCCGCAAGCGCAAUGUAGGCCUCUCGGGCUCGACCCGGUCUGACGGCCCUGCUGCUGCUGCUGCUGCUGUGCCAAACUACAGCAAACCCCAAGUAAUCCAGCUGCCCGGCGUGCGUCCUUCGCCCGUCGACGGCAGACCGACCACCUCGACGGGCACCGCCAGCCUAGACGCCCUGCUGGCCGGACACUCGGGCCUCGCGCUCGGCAGCACCAUCCUGAUCGAAGAGAGCGGCACGACCGACUACGCGGGCGCCCUGCUCCGGUUCUACGCCGCCGAGGGCCUGCUCCAGGGCCACCACGUCCACGUCGUGGCGCUGCCGGAGCAGUGGGGGCGUGAACUGCCGGGCGUGGUGGCCGUGGGCGAGAGCGAAAAGAGAGGAGAGUCCACAACACCCGUCGCCGAGACGGAGAAGAUGAAGAUCGCCUGGAGAUACGAGAGCCUGGGACAAUUCGGUGCAAGAGAACGUCUGACAUCAACUACAAGUCAGCCUGGUCCCGACGGAGUAUCAGUCCCAGGACCACCAACCACAUUUUGCCAUACCUUCGACCUCACGAAGCGCCUCGUUCAUCCAGCCUCAUCCAAAUUGGAUUUCUUUCCGUUGGACACGAACCCCAAGCGUCCACCCUUCGCAACUAUUCUCGACCGGCUGAGUGCCUCGAUGGUGAACUCCGCCCCGGACACCGUUCAUCGUGUCGUCAUUCCAUCACUGCUUUCCCCAGCGCUGUAUCCUCCUUGGUCUAGUCACCCGGAGAAUGUCCUCCAGUUCCUGCACGGUCUUCGUGCGCUGUUCGCGGCACACCCGGGUCGGCUGACGGCAAUCACGUCGCUGCCACUGUCACUGUACCCGCGGUCGACGGGGCUGGUGCGGUGGAUCGAGCUGCUUCACGAUGGCGUUCUCGAACUGUCCCCGUUCCCACACUCGGCAGAGGGAGACGCUACAACCCCUUCUCGUGGUCUCUCUAGUACCACGGAGGAACCCCCUCAGGGCUUGUUGCAAGUACACCGUCUCCCGAUGCUCCACGAUCGCGGGAGCGGGGUUGGCACGUCGGAAAACGAUUGGACUUUCACGUUGAGUCGGCGAAAGUUCACCAUCAAGCCGUUCAAUCUCCCGCCCGUCGAGGGGGACAUGGGUGCCCAACAGGCUGCGGGAGAGGAGCAAAAGGGGAAGAAGGCGGACUUGGAGUUCUGA